CACCCUUUCCUUCUUCUUCUACUUCUGCCAUUCGCUCAGCUCACCGUUCUUCGCUUCUCAUCUCUCUCUCUCUCUUUCUGGAAUUCCGCCAUUGUUAGUCAACCCAAAUGCUCUCUCUGCAGCUUCUCCCUGCCUCUCCGAGCUCCUCUUCCAUUCGAUUCUCAGCCCCAUUCAACCUCAUCUCCAGAACCCUUAAACCCCAUUCCUCCAGAACAAGAUUUAGAACCGCCGCCGUCCCGGUCCAGUCAGUCCUCCAAUGGAACCGCAAGCCUCAGCUCGCCGGCGAGACCCCGAGGGUGGUGGUCAUCACCUCUGGCAAGGGCGGAGUCGGGAAGACCACCACCACUGCCAAUGUCGGCCUCUCCCUCGCCCGCCUUGGCUUCUCUGUCGUCGCCGUAGAUGCUGACGUGGGCCUCCGCAACCUCGACCUUCUCCUUGGCCUCGAGAACCGAGUGAACUACACCCUCGUCGAGGUCCUCAACGGGGACUGCCGCCUCGACCAGGCCCUAGUUAGGGACAAGCGCUGGUCCAAUUUCGAGCUCCUCUGUAUCUCCAAGCCUCGGUCUAAGCUCCCGAUCGGCUUCGGGGGUAAAGCCCUGGUAUGGCUUGUGGAUUCCUUAAAGUCCCGCCAAGAAGGUUGCCCCGAAUUUAUCCUCAUCGACUGCCCCGCGGGAAUCGAUGCAGGUUUUAUCACAGCGAUCACGCCUGCAAAUGAGGCUGUUCUUGUGACCACUCCCGACAUCACGAGCCUCCGGGACGCUGAUCGGGUCACAGGACUGUUGGAGUGUGACGGGAUUAGAGAUAUAAAGAUGAUCGUGAACAGGGUUCGGACUGAUAUGAUAAAGGGGGAGGACAUGAUGUCGGUCCUCGAUGUCCAGGAGAUGCUGGGACUUGCUCUCCUAGGUGUAAUCCCUGAGGAUUCGGAGGUGAUCAGGAGCACGAACAGAGGUUAUCCCUUGGUGCUCAACAAGCCGCCCACAUUGGCCGGGCUGGCCUUCGAGCAGGCUGCCUGGAGGCUCGUUGAGCAGGAUAGCAUGAAGGCUGUAAUGGUCGAGGAGGAGCCCAAGAAGCGCGGGUUCUUCUCCUUCUUUGGAGGAUGAAAAAUUUUAACAGUCUGGAAACUACGGGAGGUUUCAGAUUACUAGCCGAAGGAGGUACUCAGUAAAGGAGAGGAGGUAAUUGUGAAGAUUGUACAGUCUUUUUCGGGUUUCAGGGAUUCUUCUGGUUUGGUGUUUCUACAUUUUGACUUGUUAGUAGCAAGAUUUGUUCAGGGUUUUAGCGCUUUUUACCUUUUGCUGCUGAGAUUGGUGUAGUAGGAUGAUAGCAUGCUCCUAGUCCAAGGGAAGAGUAGUGUAUGUUCUCCAUUAAUGGCAAGAUUUUGUUUCUCCUCCAA